AUGUUUGACUAUAUUCGGUGUUUGCCAACCAAAGUCUUUAAACUUCUAAGCACUUUAAAUCUCUUUUCAACACAACAACAAGACACAGAAACAACUGAUGAUUUUGAACAAGGACGAAUUUUAACACGAUGUUUUAUUCUCAUAUUAAUUUUAUGUUCAAUCAUCGCUGGUAUUUACAUUGUUUUUCCUUAUCAAGAUCAUCUUAUAACAGUUGAAAGUCCAUCUGAACAAACUUAUAAAAAAUUAUAUGAAAAAUAUUCCUCGACUUUACAAUGCCCUUGUUCACAAAUUUCUGUUCCUUAUGGAACAUUUCUUAAUCUUACAUUUGUUUUACAUCAAAUCUGUUCGAGUACUUUGGUUUCUUCAACAUGGUUGAAAUAUCUGGCCUUAUUCGAUCCAAAUAAUGUACCAAUUUGGACAAAAACAGAUUUUUCACGUGAUUUCCGCAGUUACGGUGUAUCUUAUUUUCAAUUUCUCUCAAUGUUUUGUUCUCUAGUCGAAACAAACAUUGCCGAUGCACAACAUUUAUUUAAUUCGACACAAUAUAUUAAUGAAUAUCUACCAUCGCAAACAUUAUUUCGUCGAGAAAAUCAAUACAUAACUGAUUCAUUUAUUAUCAAAAUACGUAAUGAUUUUGCACGUAUAUCAAAAUGGGUUCAUAUUGGCAAUGUUGCUAGUCGACUUUUGACAAGCGUAAACAUGAAUUUCCGUAUAAAAUUUCAUAACGAUGGUCAAGUAGAUGCUCAAGAUAUACGCUUCUCUCUCGCCAGCAUGAUAACACGUUUGUUUUAUACGACAAAAGGAAAAUGUUCAUGUGCUUCUCAAAUCCAAAAUUGUUUUUUGAAAGCAAUUAUUUAUUCGAAUGGAACACAAGCAUUAGAAUUUUUACAAAUAUUCAAUGAAUUAAAGAUCGGUUGUAUACCUAUAGUUGGCUUUCUUCGAUCAGAAAUCGAUUGGUGGUACAAUUCGACUUAUAUUGAAAAUAUUCGAACUACUUACAAACUCGCCAUCGAUUUUGAACCUUUCCCAAAUAUUCAACCGCUCAAUUUAUCAAUAUUAACACGAUUUCGAGGUAUUGAAAUCACUAAAUUAGUUGAUGAAAUGUUCAUUGAACGAAUAAUCAAUGAAAAUGAUCAAUUUGAUCUGUUCUAUGAACAAUGUGCACCAAUUGCUUGUUCAUACAAAAUUAUAAAACGACGCGAUAUAACAGUUGCAAUUCUCUUACUUAUUACUGUUUGUAGUGGAAUCAAUCAAGGUCUUCGAUUGGUCAUUCCAUUGAUGGGAAAAUUUAUUUUAUUUUUAAUUAGAAGACAAACGAAUAGAAAUAUAUUCAGCUCGUCUGAUUAUGGUAUGUUUUGA